GGUGCUGUGCCUCCGCACGUUUGGAAGUUAGGGGCUGGAGGGGCCUGGUCCGGUUACAGCUCUCGCCCCUUUUUCUACCAACCCUUCCUCCAGGUCUGUUCACACUUUGCAGCGUCCCUUCCCCACCCGGGCCGCCGCUGGAACUCACGAAGUACCCUUAAGGAAGAGGCCCUCAGAAGGUUCUCUUAAGAAGAUAAAGAAAGUAGUGGAAACGAGUCUCCUGAGCUUUUCCGGCCCUAAAUGGCUGCAGAAUCAAGGAAGUCUUUAGCCCCAUCCCCACCAGACCAGGCUCCUGAAGAGGACCUUGUAAUUAUCAAGGUAGAGGAAGAUCAUGGUUGGGACCAGGAAUCAAGUCUACAUGAAAAUAACCCUCCUGGCCAAGAGCUGUUCCGCCUGCGUUUCAGGAAGUUAUGCUACCAAGAGACACUAGGACCCCGAGAAGCUCUGAUCCAACUCCGAGCACUUUGCCAUCAGUGGCUGAGGCCAGAUUUGAACACCAAGGAGCAGAUCCUGGAGCUGCUGGUGCUGGAGCAGUUCUUGACCAUCCUGCCCGAGGAGCUCCAGACUCUGGUUAAGGAACAUCAGCUAGAGAAUGGAGAGGAGGUGGUGACUCUACUGGAGGAUUUGGAAAGGCAAAUUGAUAUACUAGGACGGCCAGUCCCUGCUCGUGCACAUGGACAUAGGGUACUCUGGGAGGAGGUCGUGCAUUCCAAAUCUGCACCAGAGCCUCCAGAUACUCAGCUCCAACCUGUGGCAACCCAGCACAAAUCUCCAGUGCUCCAAGGGCCACAAGACAGAGCCAUAUCUGCUUCACAGAGUCCUACCCCUUCCCAGAAAGGAAGUCCUCGAGACCAGGAGAUGACAGCUACACUUCUUACAGCAGGGUUCCAGACUUUGGAGAAGAUUGAAGACAUGGCUGUGUCCCUAAUUCGAGAGGAAUGGCUUCUUGAUUCAUCACAGAAGGAUCUGAGUAGAGAUAACAGGCCAGAGAAUUACAGAAACAUGUUCUCCCUGGGUGGUGAGACCAGGAAUGAGAACAGGGAAUUAGCUUCAAAACAGGUAAUAUCUACUGGAAUCCAACCACAUGGAGAGACAGCUGCCAAAUGCAACGGGGAUGUUAUCGGGGGUCUUGAGCAUGGAGAAGCCCGAGACCUUCUGGGCACAAUAGAGAGGCAGCGGGGAAAUCCCACCCAAGAGAGACGACAUAAAUGUGAUGAAUGUGGGAAGAGCUUUGCUCAGAGUUCAGGUCUUGUUCGCCACUGGAGAAUCCACACUGGGGAGAAACCCUAUCAGUGUAAUGUGUGUGGUAAAGCCUUCAGUUACAGGUCAGCCCUUCUUUCCCAUCAGGAUAUCCACAACAAAGUAAAACGCUACCACUGUAAGGAGUGUGGUAAAGCCUUCAGUCAAAACACAGGCCUGAUCCUGCACCAGAGAAUCCAUACUGGGGAGAAGCCGUAUCAGUGCAAUCAGUGUGGGAAGGCUUUCAGUCAGAGUGCGGGCCUUAUUCUGCACCAGAGAAUCCACAGUGGGGAGAGACCCUAUGAAUGUAAUGAGUGUGGGAAAGCUUUCAGUCAUAGCUCACACCUCAUCGGACAUCAGAGAAUCCACACUGGGGAGAAGCCCUAUGAGUGUGAUGAGUGUGGGAAAACCUUCAGGCGGAGCUCACAUCUUAUUGGCCAUCAGAGAAGCCACACUGGGGAGAAACCCUACAAAUGCAAUGAGUGUGGGAGGGCCUUCAGUCAAAAGUCAGGCCUUAUUGAACAUCAGAGAAUCCACACUGGAGAAAGACCCUAUAAAUGUAAAGAAUGUGGGAAAGCUUUCAAUGGGAACACUGGCCUCAUUCAGCAUCUGAGAAUUCACACAGGGGAGAAGCCCUAUCAAUGUAAUGAGUGUGGGAAAGCCUUUAUUCAGAGGUCAAGUCUCAUUCGACAUCAGAGAAUCCACAGUGGAGAAAAAUCGUAUAAAUGCAGUGAGUGUGGAAAGAAGUUUGCCCAGAGCUCAAGCCUUGUUCGACAUCGGAGAGUCCACACCGGAGAGAAACCCUAUGAGUGUGAUCACUGUGGAAAAGCCUUCAAUGCACGCUCAACCCUCACUGUGCAUGAAAGGAUCCACACUGGUGAGAAACCCUAUACUUGUAAUGAGUGUAGGAAAGCAUUCAGUGUGAGGGCGCACCUGAUUAUACAUCAGAGAAUCCACAAUGGAGAGAAACCCUAUGAAUGUAAUGAAUGUAAUGAAUGUGGCAGAGCAUUUAGUGUGAGCUCAGACCUCAUCAAACAUCAGAGAAUCCACUCUGGUGAGAAACCUUAUGAGUGUGAUGAGUGUGGGAAAGCCUUCAGCGUGAGCUCAGACCUCAUCAAACAUCAGAGAAUCCACACAGGAGAGAAGCCGUAUGAGUGUAAGGAGUGUGGGAAGGCCUUCUAUGUGAACUCAGCCCUUAUUAAUCACCAGAGGAUUCAUUCUGGAGAAAAGCCCUAUAAGUGUGGAGAAUGCAGGAAAGCAUUCAGCCAGAUCUCAACUCUUAUUCUUCAUCAGAGAAUCCAUACUGGAGAGAAACCAUACGAGUGUGACGAGUGUGGGAAAGCAUUCCGUGGGAGCUCUAAUCUUACUAAACACCAGAAAAUACAUGCCAAAGGAAAGUGUCAUCAAUGUAAGACAAGUGAAUCCUAUCCUGAGCCAUUGCACUCUAAGAUGUCCACCAAGUUGAGAGAACACGCAGCCUUGACUCCUGUGGUGCACACUCGAGAGGAGCAGGAGGGACUGAGAAUCGUGAAGGUAGAGGAAGAGGAGAACCAUGCUUGGGAGCAGAAGUCUCGCCAACUAGGGAAUGUGCACCCUUAUCAGGAACUUUUCCGCCAGUGCUUCAGGCAGUUCCGUUACCAGGCGGCCCCUGGACCUCGAGAGGCUCUGAGCCAGCUCCGGGAGCUCUGCCAAAAGUGGCUGCGGCCUGAGAUGCACAGCAAGGAGCAGAUCCUGGAGCUGCUGGUGCUGGAGCAGUUCCUGACCAUCCUGCCCAAGGAGUUGCAGGCCAGGGUAUGGGCGUAUCAUCCAAGGAGUGGAGAGGAAGUGGUGACUGUGCUGGAAAAUCUGGAGACAGAACUUGGAGACAAAGGACAACAGGUCCAAGCCAGUGCACGUUACAAACAAGAAGUGCUGUGGAAGGAAGUAGGACCUGUAAGCCUUACAAAUCAGUCACUUAACAUCCAGCUGAAGUGUGAUCCUUGGGAGCAUUUUCCUCUGCAAGAGAAUGCAGGAGCUGAGACCAGGAAUAUGACUGGUGAAUUUGCUCCAAAGCAGAUUUCUGCAGAAAGGAAUUCAUUGGUUGCUUUCCAGGAUGCAAAGUGUGGAGAAACUUUUCAAUAUAGGGGUAAAUCAGAACAGCAAAAGGUCAACCCCAUGAGAGUAAAACGACACAAAUGUAAGGAGUGUGGAAAGGCCUUUGCUCAGAGCUCAGGGCUUGUUCGACAUUGGAGAAUUCACACUGGAGAGAAACCUUAUAAAUGCAAUCAAUGUGGAAAAGCCGUCAGUUAUAAAUCAGCCCUUCUUUCACACCAGGAAAUUCAUAAUAAAAUAAAACGCUAUCAGUGUAAUGAAUGUGGGAAAGCCUUCAGUCAAAACACAGGCCUGGUUCUUCAUCAGAGGAUCCAUACUGGGAAAAGACCUUAUGGAUGUAAAGAGUGUGGUAAAUCCUUUAGUCAAAGUUCACACCUUAUUGGACAUCUGAGGAUCCAUACUGGAGAGAAACCCUUCAAAUGUAAUGAGUGCGAGAGGGCCUUCACUCAGAGGUCAGGACUCAUGGAACAUCAGAGAAGUCACACUGGAGAGAAACCAUAUAUGUGUAAGGAAUGUGGGAAAGCUUUCCGAGGGAGCACCAGCCUUACUCAGCACCUGAGGAUCCACACUGGGGAGAAGCCCUAUCAGUGUGAGGAAUGUGGACGAGCCUUCAUUCAGAGGUCAAGCCUUGUUCGUCAUCAGAGGAUCCACAGAGGGCAGAAGUCUGUUUCUGUAUCCUAAUUUGAUACACAUUCCUCCUCCAGUUUAUCUCUAGGAAAAAAUCCCAGAAAUACCUUUGACCAUCCAGCAUGCCAGUUGGACUUGAUCCCAUAUUGGUGGUGGGAUUGAAGAGACAUCAGGUAGCAGAGUCUAUAAUGCUUCUACAUCUUUCUGACUUUCUUAUGCUAAAAACCAGUAGAGAUCUCAAGCUCAGCUCCCUCACUGUCCACUGUUAUCGUCUGGAUACCUAUGUCCUCAUUAUGCUUUAGUUUAUCUUUUCAACCUUUGAAAUAGACAGUCUGAAAAGCAUUGAUGUUGUCUUCUACUUUGACUUUGAAUGAAAUAUACUUUU